ACCGGAAGCGCCGCUGCCACCAGUGGCGCUCGUGGUGUCUCCCUGCAGCGUCUCCCUGCGCCACGGAUCAGAGUCGAGCGCGGUCACACCUGGUGGGACUGAAGCGAGCAGUUUGGCGACUGAAACAGCUCCGACAGCUCCGCAGCUAAUCACUUGAGGAAUGUGGUUUCGUUAGGACGGUUGCCCAGACCUGGAAGUUUGCAUUGAGUUCAACUUUAGUUUCACUAACUUUCGAAGCAGUAAAGGGAUCAUGGCUACAGGCGGGUUUAAGUCAAACGCACCCGCUGACUUUUUGGAAGAGUGGAAGGCAAAAAGGGAGAAAAUGAGGGCUAAAAUGCUGGGGGACAUUGCAAAAGCCACGGGUGUCCCCCUGAGCCCCGCCAGUAGCACCAGCAACAGCCGCCUCGGCUCUCCGCCGGGCACCGAGCUCUGUACCAACCCGGACCGAAGCGCCUCCACGGGGAACUGCCGUACCUCCUCUUCCUCUCCGGUGGCUCGGUCCCCCUCCGGUGGCACACUGAACAGACCAGAGGAAGAGGCGCACCACCCGGCCGCACCCGCAGCCACCACCCCCGCCGCCCAGGGGAGCAACCUGAAGAAGGCCCCGCCUCAGAUGGAGAAGACUUGGUGCGCUUCGCCGGACUCCAGCUCUAUGAUGGCGUGCAAUAAUGACAGUGACAAGGACAGUCCGUCACCAUCACCCAGCAAGGGGAAGGAGAAGAAAAACGCAGGUCCCAGUGCAAGGAAGGGCAAAGGACAGAUUGAGAAGAGAAAGUUAAGGGAAAAGAGGAGAUCUACAGGUGUUGUCAGCUUACCGUCCAAUGAGAGCCUGGAUGAGCUGGAUGAUGACGAUGCAGGAGAAAAAGGCAGACGUGAGGAAGAGGAGCUGGUUCAGGCAAACACUUUCCAGAAUGAGUCUAUGACAGCUGACCCGGACACCGGCAACCUACUGGAAACCCCUAAAGCUGCUUCUGGACGUUUUAAGAGCUCUGCAAGGCAGGGGAUGGAAGAGGAGGCUGGUGGGAACAUCAGACAGCGAGAAAACCGUCACAGCACAGAGAGUGGAGAGGAAAAUCUGGAGAAGAGGGUGGAGGAGCUGGAGAAGGAGCUGUUCAGGCUGGUGAAGGUUGUUCGGGACAGAGGCAAAGUCAUUGAAAAACUGAAGGAGGAAAUCGAAUUGCUAAACCUGGACCUGGAUGAGUUUGAAGAUGAGAAUGAGCAGCUCAAACAAGAGAACAAGACUCUGCUGAAAGUGGUGGGACAGCUGACAAUGUAGAGCUGCUCUGAUUGGUCCAGACUUGAAGCAGCGACUCGAUCCAUCUCCCCGAUGUCCUGCUGGAGGUCAGAUCCUACAACGUGGCCUUGCAUCCGUUUCAUUUGGUGUAGAUUACUUUAGCUUAUCAUCCAUCUUGAAUGCUGGUCAUUUGCCCCCUUUUCCAUUUUAUCCCUCCAUUUUUCAACUACCAAACCAAUUGGAUGUUACAUACUGACUUUUUCUAUUUCAUACCCGAAAAAGGGAUGUUAUGAUUGUCAUUUUCUAUAAUCUAUCCUUUGUGAUUCUAUGACUGUAAUACAUAAUAUGUACCAUCAGGAGGUUGCUUGUACUAUGUAGUAUUUUAUAGAUGUAGAUCUUCAUUUGUGAAUUAGAACCAAAAUAAAAGGAGUUGAUAUGUAAUGUGAGUUUUCAGGAUAAUAUCUUAAAUUGAAUCAAUUUUUUAUGGUUCACUGAUCAUUUGUUUUUAAUUUCUAAAAAUAAUAAAGAAGUAUAAACCAAUGCCAAGUGGCUUUAGGAUAUGGGUUUAAAAUUUAAAGAGCAUUGGGUGAAGUGGCACAUAUUGGUAUGAAAUGACAAAAAGGGGCAAAUUGACCCAAAACCUUUUGAGAGUUAAAAUCAAAAACACAUGUAUACCAAUUGUUAUGAAAUCUAGGCUGAGUGGUGGAGGUUGUCUAUCAUCUUAUACAUAUUUAAUGUAAAUGUAUUGUACAUAGCUUGUUUAGAUUGUUCAUUAUCAAGAUUUCUGUCAAUAUCUUAAAAGAAAUAAACUUUGAAUGUACGUGCUGGAAUAACUAGGCACAAGAAAAUCUGUUUAGUUACGAAAAAUCUUUUUACAAAAGAAUUUACAGCAUUUGGACCAAAUUAAACAACAGUAUCGCCAGCCAAAGUGGGCGUAGUGCUUUGAAGUGCAUGAAACGUUUUUCUUUUCCUUCUUUCAAACUUGUUGAAGCCUGGUGCUUUCUUAAGUAAAUGGCAUUCCAGUUACUACAAUUUUUAAUAACUUCUUGGUACAUCUCAAUCCAGCAGGAGCCUCUUUAAAUGUUUUAAUUUGUAAAUAUGUCCAAAUGAAAUGAAGACGUUGAGCUUUACGCAUUUUAUUAGCGUCUUGACUCAUAUUCUUGUUGGUGUCAAAAAGCUUUUGGGGGAUUUACAUGUUACUACAGAUUUUUAUAGGUUUUUUGUUGCAACCUGCAAAAGAACCACUUCCUGUGAUGAAUUGCUGGAACAAACUGAAUCUGCUUUGUUUAGUUAAGGGACAGUCUUGGCCUUGCAAAAACAUUCAUAAACUGUGAACUUUCCCACAUUCUGUUACAUCACAACCAGUAACAGCAACAUCUUUCAUUGGGAUUUUGAGACGGAGCAACACAAAGUCUUGCAAAUGUUUUUACAAAUGAAAAUUUCAAAAGUCUGGAGUGCAUUUGUAUUUACCCAUCAUCCCCCUCUAAAUAUAAAAGUCAACAUUUGUACAAGAAUAACUAUAUAUGCAAUGUUUAAAUUACACAAUUUCUGGUUAUUGACUUCUAAAGACAGUUUGGUUUCACUAGAUUUUAUUUAGCUAUUAGAGAAAAGGGGAGCUGAAUGCAAAUGCAUGCCACACUUUUCAACUUUUGUCCUAUAAAUAUGUUAGAAAUCCACACAUAAUUUUCUCUGUACUUCACAUAGCAUGACAAAAAUAUGAAAAUAGGUAUGAAUACUUUUGCAAGGUGCUGUAUAUUAAGAUCAUUUUACUCCAGGGAGCUCCUUGCUGCAACAGGUAAUCUUAAAGCGGCGAUGUAUUCACACCUUUUGGGGUGAAAGACCAGCCCCUUACAGACCAACAUCACUGAUCUAUUUCUCUUUCCAUUACUUAACGCUUGUACAGAAGAUUAAGUCAUUUAAUAAAAGUUUGAUUAUCUCUC